AAAAAUUUCUAGAAUAAAUAAGUGAGUUAGGGACUAAAUUGUGGAAAAAUAUUGUUUUGGGCUUAAGGGCCAAAAUAUCCAAAGCACUGUUCAUGGGUACUGUUCACACCCCGAGGGCCAACAAUUAACGGGGAUUUAAGUGAUUAGUUUGUGAUAUAAGAACGAAUUUGGAGAUAUCUGAUCAUGUGGAGAUUGAUAGGAAUAGCAUCGGGAUUAAGAGUGAUCUUAAUGAUGAUUUCAGUUUGAAUUUGUGAUAGUCUGGUAUUAAUUCUGAGGUAUUUUGAUUAGGUUCCCGAUCGUUCUAUUAGUUUAGUACGUGAAUUGAGUGCUCGGUUUUGCGGAGUGAGUGACCCUGCUAGUGGGGGAGGUUAUAAACGCUAGCACAUGUCGGCACAUGUCGAUAUGUUAUUCGUGACCCUGCUAGUGGGGGAGGUUAUAAACGCUAGCACAUGUCGGCACAUGUCAAUAUGUUAUUCGUGACCCUGCUAGUGGGGGAGGUUAUAAAUGCUAGCACAUGUCAACAUGUUAUUGAUAGAACCGGUUCGUUGAGUGACCCUGCUUGUGGGGAUUAUACACCAGCAAACAGUGACCCUGCUUGUGGGGAUUAUACACCAGCAAACAGUGACCCUGCUUGUGGGGGUUAUACACCAGUAAACAGUGACCCUGCUUGUGGGGAUUAUACACUAGCAAAUAGUGCGCCUGCCAGUGGGUGUUAGAUGCUGGCCGUGACCUAUAGAGGAGACAUCUAUUUCGUUCCCGUACUGUACCCGUUUUUCGUGAUUGCACAUGUUGGCAUGCUAUAAGUUUGAUAAGGGGCACUCCAUAUUUACUUACUGAGUUUAUCUCAUAGUUUUUCCUUGUCCACCAUUUCAGGAACCAAAACCGAGGAUGGGGAAACCACGGGAAGUGACGAGUUAGAAGGCUAGCCAUUUUGAGAUUGACAUAGAUUUUAGAAAUAAAUCGUGAUUUUGUAA